AUGAAGCCUCCCGGGACCGCUCCUCGCCUCCCAGAGUCGGGCUUCCUUCCUGUGUACGUGCAGAGACUGGGAAACAGUACUUUAGACACCGCAGUGGCCGACACCGCUCCAGGGCUCCGUCUCCGGAGCAGGUGCUGGGAGCGGGACAAGCUCGGCAGCGAGGCCGACCCGGGCGCCACCUGUCGUCCAGAGCGCCUAAGCGAGAGGAGCGUGAAAGCACGAAAUGGCUUUCCAAUCCCUGACCUCCCCAACUGA